ACUCCCUCCAAUUUCCUUUUUUAGGCCUUGGAAGCUAUCCAUCUAUUCAUCAUUGAAUCCCAUGUGGCAUGUGCCCACUCUCUUCUCUUCUUCCAUCCCCAUACCUCCCUCUCCUCCAUCCAAAAACUAAUAUUACUCCACUCUCCCUUUUCUCUCUCUCUCUCUCUCUCUCUCUCUCUCUCUCUCUCCUCUCCCCAUUACCAAUUCCACAAUAAUCCAAUUUCUCUCUGCUUUCUAGGGUUUUGAAAUUGGAACCAAAGCUAAAGCUGCUCACCUCCCCUGAAUACACACAUACCCACAUUUAACAAUAAGGAAUCCAAUCCUUCACCUUUUCUUUUUCAGAAGAGAAUAUUAGAGAAAGAGAGGCAGGCUCUCUCCCAUCCAAGUGAUGGUCUUUGCUCUGCUCCCAAGGCUUUUCCUGGAGAGAGAAACUGGGUUUCUAGAGAGAGAAAGUGGUGUUGGUGCUAACAUGUAGAGGAAUUGUCACAGAGAGAUAUGUUGGCAAUGGAGAAAGAUUUUGAUGCUAAGUUGAAGAUUCAGGGGAAUUCUUCUAAUGGUGCCAAUGUUCCGAGAUCCAAGAGCUUUGCUUUCAGGGCUCCUCAAGAGCAAUUCAGCAUUCAAGACUUUGAAUUGGGCAAGAUCUAUGGCGUUGGUUCCUAUUCCAAGGUUGUGAGAGCCAAGAAGAGGGACACAGGAACUGUCUAUGCAUUAAAGAUCAUGGACAAAAAAUUCAUCACCAAAGAAAAUAAAACAGCUUAUGUGAAGCUGGAAAGGAUUGUUCUUGAUCAGCUGGAUCAUCCAGGAAUUGUGCGGCUAUUUUUUACAUUUCAAGAUUCCUUUUCACUGUACAUGGCACUUGAAUCCUGUGAAGGCGGAGAACUUUUUGAUCAAAUAACUAGGAAAGGUCGUCUCUCUGAGGAUGAAGCUCGCUUUUAUGCAGCAGAAGUUGUAGACGCACUUGAAUACAUACACAGUAUGGGAUUGAUUCAUAGAGAUAUCAAGCCAGAGAACUUGUUACUUACAUCCGAGGGUAAUAUCAAGAUUGCUGAUUUUGGGAGUGUAAAGCCUAUGCAGGAUAGCCGAAUUACUGUUCUUCCAAAUGCAGCAUCAGAUGAUAAAGCCUGCACAUUUGUGGGGACAGCGGCGUAUGUCCCUCCCGAAGUCCUGAAUUCUUCUCCUGCAACUUUUGGAAAUGACCUCUGGGCACUUGGCUGCACCGUGUACCAAAUGCUUUCAGGAACUUCUCCUUUCAAAGAUGCAAGCGAGUGGCUUAUUUUCCAAAGAAUUAUAGCAAGAGAUAUUAGGUUUCCAAAUCAUUUUUCAGAGGAAGCUAAAGACCUCAUUGACCGGUUAUUGGACUUAGAUCCCAGCAGGAGACCAGGUGCUGGGCCAGAUGGUUAUGCUGCACUGAAGAUGCAUCCAUUCUUUAAGGGAGUUGACUGGAAGAAUUUACGAGGGCAAACCCCUCCAAAACUUGCUUUGGAGACGGGGUCAGUUGAGGGUGGUAGCCGUGAUAACUCAUGGAACCCCUCACACAUUGGAGAUGGUGCAGUAAGACAAAUUGAGGGUAGCAGUGGUGCCACAUCUUCUUCUGAAGCAUCUGGUCAUGUAACUAGGCUCGCUUCAAUUGACUCCUUUGAUUCAAAAUGGCAACAAUUCCUCGAGCCUGGGGAGUCAGUUCUUAUGAUCUCAAUGGUGAAGAAGAUUCAAAAACUGACCAGCAAGAAGGUGCAACUUAUCCUUACCAACAAGCCAAAACUGAUUUAUGUGGAUCCUGCUAAGCUAAUAGUGAAGGGAAAUAUAAUUUGGUCUGACAACUCUAAUGACCUCAGCAUCCAAGUCGCUACUCCAUCACAGUUCAAGAUUUGUACGCCAAAAAAGGUACUGCAAUUUGAGGAUGCAAAACAAAGAGCUUGGCAGUGGAAGAAGGCAAUUGAAGGGCUUCAAAAUAGGUGAAAUGCGUGGUUCUUUUGACAGACAUUUUUUUUUGGAUAUUACGAUAGUCUGGAGGAACAAGGAUGUGCCCCUGGUAAUUAUUAUCUAAUGAAAGAGGCUGGGGUCUGCGGAUUCAUCUUUUUCAAGGUGCAAAGCUCCCAUCCCUCUAGAUGCCUAGAACUGAGUAUGCGAUAAGGGUUUUUUUGCCCAUUUUCAUGCUUUGUGUGGCAUAAUUUUGUACUCUGUGAGGUCCUAAUUGUAGGGUCUGUAAAGGGGCUGGGAUCAUUACUUGUUUAUUGUAUUUAAAAAGUAUCAUCCAUUAAUGAAAGUUUUAAAUAUCUUUACAUUGAAAGAUAUAAUGAUUCCAAGAAA